AUAUAUAUAUAUAUAUAUAUAUAUAUAUAUAUAUAUAUACAUACAUACAAACAUACAUACAUACAUACAUAUAUACAUAUAUAUAUAUAUAUAUGGGAGAAUGUACGAAAAAACAACAACAGACGAGGACAGGUGGUGUAAACAACAAAAGGAUGUACUAGUAUGACGCUCGGGAAUACGGAAAGUCUUUAACGUUUCGAGCUACGCUUUUCAACAGAAAGAAUACGGAUACAAGGAGAAAAACACGGAGAAAAAAAACUGAAUAGUGUUCGGUCAACGGUCAAUCAUAGCUAUAUAUAUAUAUAUAUAUACACACACACUGAUUAUUGAGAGAGACAGACACAGGAAGACAAACGGACUCAUACACAUUAAAGAUUAAACGGAUAUUUAAAAAUAAGUGGCGAUGGCUCUUGCCCCUUCGUACCAAUAUUUUCCAAGAACAUUUUCUCCAAAGGUUCUAAUUCACAGCAAGGAACCUUGCACGAAUAUAAAGUCUCAACAUUUCAGCUCUUUGGGGUCUUUUCCGUCAUUUCAGAUUCUGAAAAGUUUAGCUGAAACUUCUAGGAUUACAGCAUUAGAAGCAGCUUUGGAAACGACAAAAUUUCCAACACCGGUACCCAUAACAACGACAGCACAACUGACCGCAAAAACAACAGAAGCAACAACAACGACUGAGUCGCCGACAUCACCCCUAUUAAGUCCAUCUCUAUUAUUAUCACCAACAACAGUGAAAACAAAAAUAACAACAAGCACAACUGCAGCAACUUCGAGGACCUCGACAGCGACGACUUACCUGAAAACUGCAACAAUAUAUACAAUAACAACUGCAACUGCAGCAACCACUACUACCACAACAACAACAAACACAAAAACAGCAGCAACGAUAUCCUCUUCAUCAUCAGUAUCAGCCUCAUCAUCACCACCAGCACUAUCAUCCACUGUAACUUCUUCAUUGAUACCAAAAACAAUACCAAAACAAGCGACAAUAUCACCGACAUCGUCAAUGCCGGUAAAAAUGACACAAACAUCAGACCAGAAUAUCUCAAAUUCAGCUGAAAGAGAUAAGCAAAAGACUUAUUGUCAUGCUUCUGCAGAUAUAUUACAACCAGUGGUACUCCAAGACAAACAAUCGGAGGCGUAUUUCGGUGCAUUUUCAGCAUUUGGCAAAGCAGACGAUAAGCAAACAUCACACAACGGUUUACUCAUCUCUCAGAUUGAUGCAUCUUUUAAAUGUCUUUACUGUUGCGGUGGUCCCUCAGCUCCAACUGGCAUCAACAAGUGUCAAAAUGACGAUAUGGUGAUGCUUGAGGUAGCUAAAUCGAAUAUACUUGAGAAACACCUCCUCUCGAAUCGGAAUCAUUCUUGGUUUGGAGGAGAUAGAAGAUAUGGACAUGAACAAACUAAUGGCGUCUAUUACCCGACCGAAUGGUGUGAUAACAUGUUGCUAAAACAUCAUCCUGUUAUGGAUUUCACACCUUGCGUCCAAUUUAAAGAUGAACCGCAUCUGGUAGAGAAUAGUUCGCCAUUAACAUUGUCAUUAUCCUCUUCACCGUGCUCUGCAACUUCAUUAACAGCAGCAUCCUCAACAUCAACCUCAUCGUUAUCGUUGUCAUUGUCACCACCAUUACCCCUACCACUAUCACUACCUCCCCUACCAGCUUCGUCGUUAUCGCCACCAUCGUUUUUAUUACCGAGAUCGGCAGCAUUUCCCCCUUCAUCUUCCUUAACACCAUCUCCAUCACCAUCAUCACUAUCCCCAUCAUCCUCAACAGCAGCAGCUUUGUUUACCACGACGUUUUCAUCGUCACCAACUUCGUUGUUAUCAUCGUCACCAUCAUCGUUUUCAUCUUCAUUUUCAUUAUCAUCGUCGUCUGUGUCAUCGUCUUCGUUGCCAUACACCGGUUACCAUUUUCAUCAUAGCCAACAAGACGAUCACGAUCCGACAGAAUCAAAUACACAACCUCAGAUUGCCCCAUCUGCCCAUCUACCAAGAAUUCUCUCAGUUCCGCUGACAACAGGUAUUCGAGACAAUCCGCCAUCCUCGCAGAUAUCGUUACAGCCACCUCUGCAUCUAUCUUCUUUUCAAUAUCAGCCACCAUCUCCACCUGCACAUCCACAACCAUCAUUACCACCACAAUUACAGAUACCACUUUCACCAUCUCCAUCAUCACAACCAUCCAACACAACAACAAUAAAAACAUCAUCAUUAUCACAAUAUCGUCCGCCCCAGGCUCCUGCGCCACCGCCAUCAUCAAUGUGUUUCUAUAGAAGACAAUCUUUAGUUCACUACAACCGUAGACCAUUUUUGAACGGCCAUACUUCAAGCUUAGCCAAACUGAAAAUCAAAAGGGGGAACUAUUUGAAAAGAAACGACUAUUCGAAGGGUGUUGCUGCCUUCGGCCGUUUGAACUUUUCAACCACUGCUGGCGGCAUCGGCUCUACAACUCAGAACGGCUGCUAUGCCCAGCGGUCAACAGAUGUGAUUUACAAAGUACCAUCACAACACCAGCAACCUUACAUUGAGAGGCGUCAAGUUCAAAGAACUCGAAACUUCCACUGCCCUUACUGUGUAAUUUCUUGCAGUAACAGGGGCCAAUUACAGGGUCAUAUCCGAAUACAUACGGGUGAGAGACCGUUUGUGUGUAAAGAACCGGAAUGUGGAAGGGCUUUCAUAAGAAAUGAGGAGUUAACUCGACAUCGUCGUAUCCACACUGGGGAGCGACCCCACAGCUGCAGUGUUUGUCGCAAGGCUUUCACACGCAAAGACCACCUCAGCAAACACAUGAAGACACAUACCUGAUCUCGCCACUCAGACAAACAACCAAGGACGUUUGUACGCAGUGACCUGACUUGCUAAAAAUAGCAACCUAAUCUUCCUCAAAUCACACCUUACAUCUUUUUAAAAAGAAUUCUAGGUAUGGUGUGCGUGUGAAUAAGAUAGGAUGGUCAGAGUUGGAAUGCAUUGUACAAAAGUUUUGCCCGAUCAGAAUAUGGAGCUAAACAACAACAACAGUUAUUGUUUCCUGGGGAUCAUAACUGUAUUGAGAGCGCAGACAGAGAGCCGACUUGGAUAUGUAAUUCGUAUUCUAGGUUCAUUGUAACCAGCGUCAUCUUUUUCACCAACUUUACUUUUCAUCUCAUCCGGACGGAAUGGGGGCAACAAAUUAAGUACCUUGUAUGAACUGAGGUAAAUUAUAUCUAUGUACCUUUACCCUGAUCAAAAAUUUUGUGACGGGAGAAAAAAUAAAUUUUAUAAUAAAUGGGAGUCGUAGGUUGGCAGAAUAGGUUGAAAGGCGGACGCAAAAUUUUGUGGUACUAACUUAUCUCCUUUUACUUUACAUUCUGAGUUCAAAUCCAACUCGAAUUAAUUUGACGCUUUACCCUUCCGAGGUCGAUAAAAUAAGUACCAGUCAAAACUCUCCUUUACGUGUGUGGGAUUGCGUUUAUGUUAGAAGUGAUUAUUACCAUUACUAAAUGAGAGGACGAUGUUUAACAAGCGCAGUCAACCACCGGUGUUGAUUACGUCCUUUGCAUCCCCACUUUUUCACCUUUCGUCCUGUAAAGAAUGUGAAGAUAAGUAUAUAAUCGAUUUGAUCAACUCUUAUUCCCCAAAAUUUGUGGUCGUAGGAAGAGUCAUUUUUCAAUUGAAAACUAACUAUCUUACUCUGUUUACUAUUUUAAUGCCCUUAAAAAAUGUAAAGAUCAGAGCCUAAUAAAAAAAUGCUAUUUUAGUUAAUAAGCAGUUAAUUAUAUUCUUUUAUAUGUUUCAGCCCUGAGGCUGUGGCCCUUGCUGGGGAAUGUAAAAGUAUAUAGAAAUUGCUGAUGGAAGUUGCUAUGUAUUUUUUUAAAUAUUUAUUAAAAGAAGGACUUGUCCUUUAUCUUUUCAAAUCCUCUCACACCAGCGAGAUUGAGCAUAAUUGUCCAAUCCGAAUAUGGUAUUUGCAGGUUAAAGACUCAAAAUAAAAAUUAGAAAUUAGGUGAGAGGAAUCUAGGCUGCUAGCAUAACAGUUUGUAACCCUUAAAGGUUUCCUCAUGGCUUGACGACGUAUUAAACCAGUCUGCAGUACCUAUUUCGAGCUAGAGUCUUUGAGAGCUAACAGUCAGCAACUAUGACUGGUUGCUCGGUACAAACACUGAAUUCUCAUGCGGUUUCUAUAAUUCAACUGAAAGAAAAGAAACCUCGCCUCACUUACACUGAAAAUAUCUAUGAAAUGGGCGUGACAAACCAUAAGAAAACCCAAUAUUUUACGCAUUAAAAAUAGCUAAAUAGUACGGAAUUUAAAACAAAGAUUGUAACAUGUCACCAAUUUGUUUUUUAUUGUUAUUAGAAGACAUCGACCCAACCGACUGCUUUUAGGAGACAUUAAGUAUAAAUAUAAGGCAGCUAUAUUUCUUGACCUGUGUAAUAUUUGAAAUAUGUACUGAUUGGCCAUGGGCGUUGCUAUAAAACAUCAUAAACAUUUCUGUGGUGCUAAAAUAAUAUCACACUCACACACGCAUAUGUUUUUGUAUAUAUAUGUGUGUGUCUGUCUCUGUGUGUAUAUAUAUAUAUAUAU